GUGGAAUACUGUGGUCAACUCAUGGACAAUUACUUCUUAUACUGAGAAUACACUUAAAAGAAUGGAAAUGAGAGACCACACUGAGAAAUUAUUUGACAAUGAUGUUGAAAGAAGAAAUCUGAAUAUAUCUGAUCCAGUUUAUAUGGAAGAUUAUAAGAGCACAACCACAGAAUUAAUUUAUGCAAUUGAUGAUAGACCACCCUGGUAUUUGUGUAUACUACUGGCAUUUCAGCAUUAUAUUUUGGCUUUUGGAGGAAUUAUUGCCAUUCCCUUGAUUCUAGCAGAGCCUCUAUGUGUGAAGCAUGACAAUGCAGUGAAAAGCCAGCUGAUGUGCACCAUAUUCUUUGUGUCUGGAAUAUGUACAAUUCUUCAAACAACUAUUGGAACAAGAUUGCCUAUUCUACAAGGAGGGACAUUCAGUUUAAUUACACCAACAUUAGCAAUACUAUCUUUGCCUCAGUGGAAAUGUAAAAAUUCUGAAGACUUCACAUUUAAUGGAACUGGAAAUUUUUCUGUUAAUAACACGGAACACUGGCAGCCACGAAUAAGAGAAAUUCAAGGUGCAAUUGUCGUUGCUUCCUGUUUUCAAGUGUUUUUGGGCUUUUCUGGAUUAAUUGGACUUAUAUUGAGAUUUAUUGGACCUCUGUCUAUCACACCAACCAUUACACUUAUAGGGCUGUCUUUAUUUGGCGAAGCAGGAAAGAAAUGUGGCACUCACUGGGGUAUAGCUGUACUAACAGUUGCCCUAAUAAUACUUUUCUCACAGUAUUUGAGACAUCUAGAGGUACCAUUGAUAUCAUGUAGCAAAGGAAAAUGGAAAAUCAGCAAGUAUCCUGUUUUCAAGCUAUUUCCAGUAUUAUUUGGAAUGUGUUUAUCCUGGUUGAUCUGCUUCAUUCUAACACACUUUAAUGUGUUUCCAAGAAGCCCAGCAGACUAUGGAUUUGCUGCUCGUACUGAUAUUAACAUUGAUGCAAUUGAAAAUUCUCCCUGGUUUCAUAUUCCAUACCCAGGUCAAUGGGGUUGGCCCACAGUAAGCCUCUCCUCUGUGUUGGGGAUGUUAUCAGGGAUACUUUCUUCUACUGUUGAGUCAAUUGGUGAUUACUACACUUGUGCAAAAUUAUCAGGAGCUCCAAAUCCUCCAACACAUGCUUUAAAUCGUGGAAUUGGAAUGGAAGGCAUAGGAUGUAUUUUAGCUGGCAUUUGGGGAACAGGAAAUGGAACUACUUCAUACAGCCAGAAUAUUGCAGCAUUGGGGAUUACAAAGGUUGGAAGUCGUUUAGUAUUGCAGACAGCAGGUAUCCUUUUAAUUAUAUUAGGUCUCUUUGGAAAAUUUGGAGCUAUCUUUAUAACAAUUCCAGAGCCAGUCAUUGGAGGAAUGUUCAUGGUAAUGUUUGGCAUGAUUGCAGCAGUAGGCAUGUCAAAUCUUCAGUAUGUAGAUUUAAACUCCUCAAGAAAUCUUUUUGUGUUGGGAUUUUCCAUGUUUAGUGGACUUGUUAUCCCAACAUGGCUGGAAGGUAAUCCAGGUGUUAUAAGGACAGACCUAAAUAAAUAUGCCCUAAUUGAGUCACAACAUGGGGGCUCUCAUUUACCACUGUGAAAGGUCUGACUGAGAAAGUCAGAAACAUCCAAACAAAGGAGGAAGUUAGGAAGUUAUUAAUUUAAUUAACUGUAUUCUGGUGAUAUUGAUUGCUACAGUAUGUGGCCCAUGAUUUAUUUCCAAGGGCCAAGAUCACUCUCAGACUAGCCCUGAUUUUUAAUUAUAUGUUACUACUAACCAUUCUAAAAUUAAAUCCAGCCUGUGAUUAUUGAUUUGUAAUUUUUUUUUCUAUGUGUUACAUAUGUUAUAUCUUCAUUUUUUGGUGUUUGUUGUCACCAACAUUAUACAAUUUUCCCCAGGAAAAAGCAGAGAAAAAUGCCAUUGAGCAAUUUAGCUUGGCCACAUUGUUAAUGUUUUAAAAGAAACAGAUGGAGUAACAUUCUC